UGUCAUUUCCACUUUUUUCCUUCCCCGAGGUUUUCGUUUUCCUCAAGGAGGUCGCGGCGAGUGGCCGAAAGAUCCACAGCCACCACCAGUUAGGGUUUCUGCUAAAUUCGUGCUUUGUGCGACAGGAAAUCGUCCGUCCUUCUUGAGGCAACUGAUUUUCUCCUCAGAAACUUUCUCUGGAUACAAUUACAGCUGUAAACACAUCAAUGGAGCCAUCCCCAAAGGGUGUGCCGGAGUCAUUUGAAUCUGUCAGGUCCAAAUUGAGAGAAUCUUUGGCUGCAGCAUUAUCCUUGGUUUCUCAGAAUUCUGGCAAGUUGAGAACAAAUAUAGAUAAUUCAGAGAAUCAGGACAUCCCACACAAGGUUCCUCUGUCUGAAGAUGUUAAUCCUACUUCUGCUGCAUUACCCCUUGACAAUCUUGCUUCAGAAAGGCCUACUGAAGUUCCAACUGGUGAACUCCGAGACUUGGAUCAGAAGCUGGGUGAGGGAAAAAGUUUAAUACAAGGAAGUUGGAAUAAUGAGCUUCCUAAUGGUUCAGUGAAAAUUUCACAUAUUGAUGGGCAGGAAUUUCGGAUGGUUCCCAUCAGCUCUAAUGGCACUGUCUCAAGCAGUAGAAAUGAAAUCGAAAGUGGGCAUUUAGUUGCCAGUUGCCCCAAUGGUGACUCAGACACUGCUGAGUCAGAGGUACAUCGUGAAUCAAAGAGACCAAAACUUGAACAUGAUAGCAAUGUUGGAAGCAUUCCUGAGUUUGCAAAUAACUGUCCACAAACACUAGCAGUGAACAUUGAAACGGAACUAUUCAAAUUAUUUGGAGGUGUCAAUAAAAAAUAUAAGGAAAGAGCUCGAUCACUUUUGUUUAAUUUAAAAGAUCGUAACAAUCCAGAACUGAGGGAGCGUGUAAUGUCGGGUGAAAUUGCACCCAACCGUCUAUGUACUAUGACAGCAGAGGAUCUUGCCUCAAAGGAGCUUUCUCAGUGGAGGAUAGCUAAAGCUGAAGAACUUGCACAAAUGGUGGUAUUACCUGAUUCAGAUGUUGAUAUCAGACGUUUAGUUAAGAAGACUCAUAAGGGAGAGUUCCAGGUUGAAGUUGAACGGGAUGACAAUAUUUCCGUGGAAGUUGGUAUUGGUGGUACAUUACUUUCUAAGGCUCCUCCUAAAGCUAGCAAUACUGGAAAGGCUGAAAUCUCCAAAUCUGAUAACCCUGAAAAACCAGACGGAGCACUGGGAGCUGAGAAAACUGACUCGAAAGAUGAACCAAGUAAUGGGUCCACUAAAAAGUCUAGUGAUUUUAUAGAGUUUACUGUGGAGGAAUUGAGGGACAAUGAAUUUCUUCCGCCAAUUGUUUCUCUAGAUGAAUUUGUCGGAUCUUUGGAAUCUGAACCGUUUGAGAAUUUAUCAUUGCAUUCUGAAGAACGUGUAUCCAGCCCUAAUGGAAAUAACUUGGACAAUUUGGGAUCUCGGUCAAGUGAAUCAAAUAGCUUGAAAAACCUUGCUAAUAGCCUGGAUAAUCCUGACAAUGAUGGUACUAAACUUAUGGAGGUGGACACCUUGGGACCUGCUGACAAGUCCAAAUUGCUUUCAGCACAGCAAGUUGCUGGUGGUUCUCACGGUGAGCAGGUUUGGGAAGGAGUUGUGCAGCUAAAUAUAUCUGCUACAGCCGAUAUUUCAGCAUACUUAAAAGGUGGUGAAAAAACAGCAACAGAAGACUGGCCAAGCUUUCUUGAGAUUAAGGGUAGAGUUAGAGUAGAUGCAUUUGAAAAGUUCCUUCAGGAGCUCCGCCAUUCACGGAGCCGUGCGAUCAUGGUUUCAUUGUUCUGCUGGAAGGAGGGAUCAUCAGAAGAUGGCUUACUGAGGCUGCGAGAGGUUUCAGAGUCGUAUAUCGAAGACGAAAGGGUUGGUUUUGCAGAGCCUGCGCCAGCUGUGGAGCUGUACUUGUGUCCACUUCACGGGAAGAUGAUGGAAAUGCUGGGAAGACAUAUGCCAGCCGAUUACCUCGAUCCACUAAAGGACAUUGUUGAAGGCCUGAUUGGUAUUAUUAUAUGGAGAAAGACUCAUGUAACCACCAUAUCACCAAAAUCAAGCUCACACAACCAUCACAGACCAGGUUCAAAGAAGCAUUCUUCUUCUAGGAGGCAGGAUAGAGACAUACACCACCCCACCCAUGUGGGAAAUGCGAUCCCUUCGGGACCUCUCCCUUCUGCUGCACCUGCUGAUGAUGAUGACAUUGAUGAUAUACCACCUGGCUUUGGCCCGGCAUCAGCUGCGGCAGCCGGCCGGGAUGUAGAUGACCUGCCAGAGUUCGACUUCACUAGGGGAUCUAAACCUCUGGCUGGUCCACGUUCUGUUGCGCCUGCUAUAGCUAGGGCCACUCCGCCUCGGCCGCUGGGAAUACCCCUACCUGCUGAGCAAAUGAGAGAACUGGUAUACAAAUAUGGACAAGGACAAGGUGGCGGCCCUGGCAGUAACUUCCGUGUGGCCCCUGUGUCCGUGAGUUCUCAGCCUAUGUCAGGUUUUGGUCCCGAGGUUCAACCUUGGAACGAUGAUGACGAUAUCCCUGAGUGGCGGCCCCAAGUAGAUUGCGGGCCACAAGCAAAUAAGCGACAGUUGAUGCAAGGUUAUCAACAGCAGCGGCAGCAACCUCUGCUGCCGCCCACACUACCAUCUGCGAUGCGCCCCCCGCCCCUAGCGCCAUUGCCAUUGGCAAUGCCACCGUCAAGGUCCAUGCCAUCUCAAAUGGCAGGUACGGUGCUUAGCCCGGGUUCUCCAUGGCAGGUAGGGCAGGCAUGGGCGCAUCCUUAUGCGUAUCAGGGUUCGCCGCACACGAUGGUUCCACCAAAUGGAUCGGCCACGCCACCUUGUCAUUUCAGUAACGUAUCGCCGGCAGGGAAUACAAUUUACGCAAGGCCUAACUUUAGUGCUGGGCAGAAUGGAGUCGACUGGCGACAGUAGUGCUCUUGGCUCAUAUGUCGGGCGAAAGACCCCUGCAUAACCUAAUUUUUGGUACUUGUAGGCUGUUCUUCUGUAAUUAUCUGUGAAUACGAAGUCUAACCAUUUUAUGUUAACAAUCUUUUUGAAUGUGCCUUCCCAUUUUGGUGCUCAUUGUUGAUGCUAUUUGAGACAAAUGUUACUGGAGGGCAUGCUGGUCUAGCUUUUCUAAUAGAGUUUUCUUGGGGCCUCCGGCAAA